AUGCAGCCGGGGCUUCAACCAACAAUGAGCCCCAGUGUAAGCAUAUCCUACUCCCUUCCCCCAACGCCUCUCAUGGGUAGCCACAGCCCAACUGCCAAUGGUUCCAGGUCUGGCCGCAUGGAACACUGUUACAUCACACUCAAAAGCAAUUUCGGCACCAAAAAAAGCAAACUAUCCUUCCAUAUCGAGUGUUGCAAGAUUCGGAAAGUGGUUACGGUCGUGGAGGAGCAUCCCGACCUUGCCGUCUCUGCCUCCCUCCAUGCAGCUGCAGCGCCAGCUUUCUUUCUUUUGCAUUUUAUACCAUACAUUAUUCAAAGUCAUGGCAACACAGACAAUGCUGUCCUUUCCAUGAUCCUUGAAACCGUUAAAAUUGAUCUGUGGCCUGCGCUGCAGCAAAGCGUCUGUAAGACAAGCGAGCCAAAGUUGGCCCCUCUUUCCGUUGAGAUUUGA